CCCCAAACGCAUUCUGAAUCGACGUGAAAGUAUGAACUUACCGAAGCCCGCCGAGGCAGGCAGGGGCCUGCAUAUGGGCACUAGUGACCUUACAGGCUCCCACCGCAAGCCCUGGAGUCAAGAGCUGGAAUUGGUGGAUCCCUCCCCGGUAGCCAAACAAUGCUGUUUGGCUUGAACCAUGCAAGCCCCUGGCGGGAACGGCGGACUUAGAGGGGGAGCGGAUGACUUAGAGGGGGAGCGGAAAACCGGAAACAAUCAGGCCAGUGAUGCAUCACCAUGGCCAUCGGACGCCUCACUGUCCUCUUCCCUCCUUCCAUCCACCACCUUACCUCAAUCCAGAAAUCUAUUCUCUCCAAACAGCUUUUGUCUGUGAUACGAUGAUCCAGAGCAGGACGAACAACUCAGUGGUCUUUGCUGGACGUGCGGACCAUCGACAUGACGCGCCUUCCUCGGCACCUCCCUCCCCAAGUCGACCUACCAGUACCACCCGCAAUCGUGCUGCCCGAACGUCUGCUGGAACUGAUGUUUUGCGCCACGCUGCCCGAAAGACAGUUGGUCCUUACCCUCCCCGCAGUCCGUCGCCUCCUCCCCGGUCCAAGGCACUCGUACAGCAGCGUCGGAGGGAGAAAGAGAAGGCAACUGCGAAGGGACGUCGAGUUCUGGACAAGGAAAGAGACACAAGUCAAGGUGUCAUUCUCCCAAAAGAUUUCUCCGGUCUUCCGGGAAAGCUAGAGACACAAACCGAUACACCUAGUUUAGACCAGCUGAUGAAGAUGAUGCAGGUGAUGCGGAUCAGAUAUAGGUCGCCCAAGGCGAAAACAUGGGUGACUUAUGCGGUCGGCGACAAUGUUCUUUUCGUCCCUCCCGGAGAGGAAGUCACGGCGAAUGCAAGAUUUGGAAUAAAAGACACGGAUCUUUGGCGUGCCAGGAUCCUGGAAAUUCGCAUCCCUAACGAUGGCUGCAUCACUGGUGCCAGCAAUACGGAUAGCGAGAGCGAUGGUAGCAGUGUGGAUGUCAGUGACUCGGAGAACAGCACCAGCGAGGGCAGUGGCAACUUCGCCAUCACAGAAACAGACGGUGGGCCUGUCAUCCCUGUCAAGCAUUCUUACGUGAAGAUUGCUUGGUACUAUUCUCCAUCAUAUUAUGAUACUCUUUCUGUUCCGGCGCGAUUGAGAGGCUACCAGCCUAGCGACUUUGGGGAACGUGAACUAAUAUGCACUCCUGAUCACUUCGAUAUCCAGCAUGUCUGCACUCUCAACGGACACGAGGAAAUAUAUCCUUUCAACGAAAGGACUUGCGAGGUUGAGGACGUUCCGGAUGGUGCCUAUUAUUACCGAUCAUCCUUCCUCACUCGUGAGCGCGAAUGGAAGAUCGAUCCGCCGAAAUAUCAUUGCAUUUGUGCACAGACGUACAAGUUAUACGACGACAAGGCGAUGCACUACUGCCCUCGCCCUGGGUGCCACACAUGGUACCACGAGGGCUGCCUCAAAUCCCACUCAAACCGAAGUUAUCAUUCCGCUCUCUCCGAUCUUGAAGAGCAGUGGGAGAUGGCGAUCGACGCUACCCGACUCAAACCUAUGAGGGAGGAGCUCGAGGCUGCCAUUGAUUCUUCUCUGCCUGAGCGCAACCCAAUCUCCGAAGACAUGAUUGCAGAGGUGCGUAGACUCGCGAGGCAACCGAUCGUCCGCGGGCCUCCACAUAGCACGAUCGGGAAUGGCCCAAUUGUGCUCCGCGCGAGGUUCGUGCUGCGCCAGCUGCGUGAAAAGCUGGAGAUGCCGGACAAACUCGAUUUUGUCAAACGCAAAAUGGUGAAGCGGCAUCUUCCUGGAGGGGGUACGAGCAGCAUGAUGAGGAAGAGGUGCAAGAUGGAAAAGUUCGAAGCUAAGAAGCUCAAGUCGGGUGAGGGUUAUAAGUACUGGGCUUACAAAUGCCCGAAAUGCAAUGGGCCAAUCUGAUCGUGGUAAUCAAGAUUAUCUCUGAGUUUUUUCCCUACUGUUCUGAACACCUGUACGAUUAGCCGUGUUGAUAAUUAC